AUGGAGUUCUCCGACAUCUUGUACGUGCCGCAGGUGCCCCGUGAGACCCGCGCGUCCAAGCUUCGCAAGCUGACCUGCCAUGUGCCUUGCCUCUACAGCCGCAUCGUUAACCUCGCCGUCGGCGCCAUCACCGUCCUCGGUGGUAUCGUCUCCAUCUUUGGCCUGGAGCUCCAGAAAAUUGUCGUCGGUUCCUACAUGGUCGUCUUCGGUCUCGCCAUCGCCUUGCUCGAGUUCCAAAUCCCCCCCCAACUGCCCCGAUAUGCGUCCUUCCUUUUCUCGUUCCUCGGGCGAGGCGCCUUCUACAUCUUCAUCGGGUGCCUGAUCCUCGGCAAGAGCAUCCUCCAGAACAUUGCCGGCGGCAUCGUCGGCAUCGUCGGCAUCGGCUACGUUGCACUCGAGUUCGUCGCCUCCAUAGAGCCCCCGAGCAACAUGCGCGAGGCCGAUGUCGCCGGCUGGGGCGCCGAGCAGGUUUAG